ACGUAUUGCAAAUCUAAAUACAAAUCGGUUAUAUACAGUGCAAGGGAAUGUAAUGGCAGAAGAGGAAGGAUGUGUUGGAUAAUAUAAAAGCUAAGCUGUGUAUUGCACAUUAAUUAUUGCUCAAAGGGGCAGUUUUAACUGUUCAUGAGAUGGAUAGCCUGGGGGAAAAAACUGUUCCUGUGCCUGAUGGUUUUGGUGCUCAGAGCUCUGAAGCGUCGGCCAGAAGGCAACAGUUCAAAAAGGUAGUGGGCAGGGUGAGUGGGGUCCAGAGUGAUUUUUCCUCACUCUGGAAGUGUAUAGUUCUUGAAGGGGGGGCAGGGGGCAACCAAUAAUCCUCUCAGCAGUCCAAACUGUCCUUUGUAGUCUUCUGAGAUCCGAUUUCGUAGCUGAACCAAACCAAACAGUUAUAGAAGUGCAGAGGACAGACUCAAUGACUUCUGAGUAGAACUGUAUCAGCAGCGCCUGUGGCAGGUUGAACUUCCUCAACUGGCGAAGGAAGUACAACCUCUGCUGGGCUUUUCUCGCAGUGGAGGUCCUGUGAGAUGGUAGUGCCCAGGAACCUGAAUGACUCCAUUGCUGCCACAGUGCUGUUUAGAAUGGUGAGGGGGGUCAGUGUUGGGGGGGUUCCUCCUAAAGUCCACAGUCAUCUCCACCGUUGUGAGCGUGUUCAGCUCAAGGUUGUUUUGACUGCACCAGACAGCCAGCUGUUUAACCUCCCUUCUGUAUGCAGACCCAUCAUCAUCUCGGAUGAGGCCAAUGACAGUGGUGUCGUCUGCAAACUUCAGGAGCUUGACAGAGGGGUCCUUGGCGAUGCAGUCGUUGGUGUAGAGGGAGAAGAGUAGUAGGGAGAGCACACAUCCCUGGGGGCAUCAAUGCUGAUUGUACAGGUGCUGGAAGUGAAUUUCCCCUGUCUCACAAGCUGCUGCCUGUCCGUCAGAAAGCUGUUAAUCCACUGACAGAUAGACGUGGGAACAGAGAGUUGGGAUGAUGGUGUUGAAAGCCGAACUGAAGUCCACAAAAAGGAUCCUUGCAUAUGUCCCUGGUCUGUCCAGAUGUUGCAGGAUAUGAUGCAAUCCCAUGUUGACUGCAUCAUCCACAGACCUGUUUGCUCGAUAAGCAAAUUGAAGGGGAUCUAGAAAGGGUCCAGUGAUGUCCUUCAGGUGGGCCAACACCAGUCUCUCAAAUUACUUCAUGACCACAGACGUCAGAGCAACAGGUCUGUAGUCAUUAAGUCCUGUGAUUUGUGGUUUCUUUGGGAUGGGGAAGACAGUGGAACAUUUGAAGCAGCAUGGGACUUCACACUGCUCCAGUGAUCUAUUGAAUAUCUGUGUGAAAAUGGGGGCCAGCUGGUUAGCACAGGAUCUAAGACAUGCAGGUGAAAUCCCAUCUGGGCCCUGUGCUUUCCUUAUCCUUUGUUUUCGAAAGACACGGCACACAUCACCUUCACAGAUCUGAAGUGCAGGUUGAGUAGCAGGAGGGGGAGGAGGGGGGUUGCCGGAGGUGUUGUUGUUUGUGUGAAGUGAAGGUCAGAGUGGGUGUGGGGUGUGACACUGGGCCUUUCAAAUCUACAGUAGAACACAUUCAGGUUGUCAGCCAGUUGUUGGUCCACCACAGGGUUAUUUCGUAAGUUGUUUCAUGCCACUCCACACUGAUGCAGGGUCGUUAGCUGAAAACUUGCUUUUCAGCUUCUCAGAGUAUCUUAUUUUAGCCACUCUGAUUCCCUUAUUCAGUGUGUUCCUGGCCUGAUUGUACAAGACUUUAUCCCCAACUCUCUAAGCAUCCUCUUUGGCCUGAAGAAGCUGCCUGAGUUCUGCUGUAAACCAUGGUUUGUCAUUGUUAAAUGUUAAAUAAGUCCUAGUAAGAAUGCACAUAUCCUCACAGAAACUGAUAUAUGAUGUUACUGUAUCUGUGAGCUCAUCCAGAUUGGUGUCUGCAGCUUCAAAAACACUCCAAUCAGUUCAGUCAAAGCAGGCUUGUAGUUCCAGCUCUGCUUCAUUGGUCCAUCUUUUUACAGUCCUUACUACAGGUUUAGCAGAUUUUAAUUUCUGUCUGUAGGUUGGAAGAAGAUGAACCAGACAGUGAUCAGAGAGUCCCAAAGCUGUUCUAGGGACAGAGCGAUAUGCAUCCUUUAUUGUUGUGUAGCAGUGAUCCAGUAUAUUUCUGUCUCUGGUUGGGCAUGUAAUGUGCUGUUUGUAUUUGGGCAGUUCACGUGUGAGAUUUGCAUUGUUAAAAUCCCCAAGAAUAAUAAUAACUGAGUCCGGGUAUUGUUGUUCCAUGUCUGUGAUGUGAUCAGCCAGCUGUUGCAGCGUGGCAUUCAAACACGCAUUUGGCGCGAUGUACACACUCACCAGAAUAAACGAGGAAAACCCCCGCGGCGAGUAGAAAGGCUUACAGUUAAUAAAGAGCGCUUCCAAAUUAGGACAGCACAUCUUCUUUAACGUUGUUACAUCUGUACACCAACUUUCACUGAUGUAAAAGCAUGUUCCACCGCCUCUCGUUUUCCCCGUUAACUCCACGAUGCAAUCCGCUCUGAACAGAUAGAAGCCCGGCAGAUGUAAUGCGCUGUCCGGAAUGGUUUCACUCAGCCAGGUUUCUGUGAAGCACAAGGCAGAAGAAGUUGAAAAGUCCUUGUUUGUGCGGGUGAGGAGAUGUAGUUCGUCCGUUUUGUUAGGGAGAGAGCGGAGAUUUGCAAGAUGAAUGUUCAGCAGCACUGUUCGAAAGCCACGCAGAUGGAGCUUGACCAGCACACCUGCUCAUCUCCCUCGCCUGCGUCUCAUAGCGCGUUUAAACAACACAGCCGCGCCUCAGACUAAAAUGUCCAGCAAAACGUCCGAAUAUUCAAAAUCCGGGAAAAGAUUGACUUGUAUAUGCUGUCGAAUGUUCAGCAGUUUGUCUCUGGUAAAACUGACUGGAAAAAUAUUACUAAACACAGGACAAACAAACAAAAACAACAAAACAAUAGGAGCGCUCCACACCGGGGCGGCCAUCCGCGGCACCAUCAUGAUGUAUAUGUAAUAGAGAAAAAAUAUUUUUUCUUGUGCUUUCUUCCACCUAGUGGAAUAAAAGUCAAAUUUUCAAAGUGAACAUUUGAAGAAAAGAUACUUUUUCUUUUAUUCUGUUUAUGAUAAGAUUAUAAACAAAUACAGUAUUAUUUAUGAGUGUUUUUUAUUUUUAUUUGGGCGGUUCUCUGAAAAAUGAGACCAAUUUUUUGCAAUUAGUCCACAGUAUGUGUGAAUGGUGAGCUUUUAAAUUUGAGUGAGAAAAAUAUUGGGCGGCAGCCCAAUAAUGCACCAGAGUUUAUUAAGCUGCUCUCCCAACCUGGUCAAGCUGAUCUUCAGCUGGUUCAACUGAUUGAUCGCCUGGUCUCCCAGGCGUGGAGAUCAGCUAAGAUUAGCAAUCCAGUUUAGGCUGGUUUAAGAUAUUUUCUUCUUUCUUUUUUAACUGGGUUGCUAAUUUUCUUUCCUGGUCACAGCUAUUUGCAUUAAUACCAAAAAGUGACAUCAAUGCACAGAAUUGUUCUGAUAUCACAUUUUCAUAUUUAUAGAGAUGGAAAAUUAUGCUCUUUAUGCUCUUUAUCAAACAAUAAUUGAACUGAUGAUCAUUUAUGGAAUAGUUGUCAUGGAGCAACAAAUUACACACACACACAUCAUAUGUAUAGGAGAACGCAUAAUGCCCACUAAGAGAUGUGCGCAAGCACACACUAAUUAAAAUAGAAGAUUAUUGUGUGUCUGUGUGUCGUGUGCUCAGAGGCAAAUGAAAACCACAGAACACAGGAAAUACAAAUGAAUUACAAGCAGUCUGUUGUUUGACCACUUUAGACAAACUCUCUCUGAACUGAGUAACUCCCUCCAUCCCUCUUUGCUUCUGCUAUUGUAUACUGUUGUAUUUUAUACUGUCCAACUGACAGGUUUGAAACUUUGUUUCACUUUGUACAUUUUUGACUAGACUGUUUAAGGACUACACUGUCAUCUGUGGUUACUGGUCCAAUAUUUACAUUAUGGCAGACGAGUAGUACUGAACUUGUUGGAGCUAUGGGAAAUUCCUUUUGCAAACGAAGAAAAAAGAAACCUCAAGAAGGAGAUAUUGGUAAUCAGAAUGACACAGACAGUAAUACAAAGACAUCACAUGAAGAAGACGUCCUCUAUGCCUCCAUUAACCACAGUAAUGUCAAAGGAGAAAUGCCUUUGAGAGACCUUGAGGAUAAUGAUUGUGAUUAUGCUGUUGUAAAGGUUCCUGAUGCGAUGACUAACCCAACCAAACACAAAGACACUGAGGACUGUUCAGAUGAUUAUGUGCUCAUGGGCUGAGCAUUGCACCACUGAUGUGGCUGAAAUCAGCAAAUCCACUGGAAUGGACAACCUGAGAUACUCACACACAACUUUAAGUCCUGUUUACUUUGUAAAUGAUAUUAAUGAUCUUAAGUUGUUUUUUUAUUUAUUUGUGGGGGUUUUUUCAUUUCUUUCUAAGGUCAGGGAUUUUUUUUCCUUCAAAGUUUUUUCACUGCUUUUACAGUAUGGAGCUAUAUAAAACAUAUAAACAAUGUUUUUACCUUUUGAUGCAUUAAAGACUCUGUGAAAUCAAAAUUGUGGUUUUGUGGCUUUUAGUCCAUGUCUCUUAGCUGUGAAGCCAUAUGUAAGUGUACUCCUCAAUUGAUUAAAUUAACUUUUAACAGAAAUAUGCAUUUAAAAUUCCCUGUCUCUUCUUCUUACAGUUUUCUCUUUUGGGAAAACGUACCAAAAAAUGAUUACUCAUUCUGUACUCAUGUAGUGUCCACACAUAUUUGUCCAAUCAAAUGUUCCCUACUCUAGAAUGUCCCUCCCCUUAAUACUAAUUGCCACUGACUAGUAAAAUCAAGUAGCAAAUAAUGGUAUAUGGCUGUAAAUAUAUUCAGAUACAAUUCAGAUAGUUUGAAGUGGGCCAUUGCUGGAGAACUCGAUCAUAGAUAGUGUAGUUCCCUAUCUGUCACUCACUCGACGUUGUGUCGAUGUAGUGACACUAGGGGUCACCCUUGGGAGCCCCAAACACCUCUGCUUUUUUGAAAAAAGGCCAAUGAGAAUUGGCAAGUGGAAUUUGCAUGCCGGACAUACGGGUAUAAAAGGAGCUGGUAUGCAACCACUCAUUCAGAUUUUCUCUUCGGAGCCAAGCAGUUCUAUUCAUUGAAGCUGAAUUAAUCUGUGAAGUUCAUUCACCUCAUCUGCUGGAUUCUACGGCGCAUUUCAGCGGUUUCUCCCCCUCUGCACCCGUAGAGUGCAGAGAAUGCCCCUGGGCGCUUCGGCAGAACAACUAAAAGAGUAUAUUCUAAAAAGAGUAUAUUUUCUUUCUAAAAGAGCGGCACACACGGAACAUCUUUUUAAAGAUGCCUUUCCAUUUGUGUGGUUUAUUCCUGGUUGUGGGCGAUAUCUCUCCGCUUCUGCGGCCACGAUCGCUGUCUUAUGUGUCUGGGCACUGCUCACGCGGAGACAUCGUUCGUGGAUGAGUCCUGUCCUCAUUGUGAGAACAUGACCAUUGCAACAUUGCGGUCACAGCUUGCUUUCGUAACCACCCCAGCGGCUCCCCGCACCGGUCCUUCUGCCUACGGGUUUGAGGCCGCGUCGGUUAGCACUGGGGGCGAUUUGGGGACAUCAAUGGGACCACCUCAGCCGGGUAUCCCCCCACGGACCUCCCAUUCCCCAGCACGCUCGCUUGUCCCGAUCGGGCUCUCGCACGAGACCGGCGGCUCGUCUCAGCACGAGUUCGACUUCUCAUUCGGAGCUCCGGAAGACGAUGAGUUAUCGAUGAGACUGGCUCAUCCAGUCUGACGCAGAGGCUUCGGCUGGGCUUCCUCCUUCAGGAAUGGUCGCCCAGUCUCACGCCGACACAGAAAUGAUGGACAUGCUUUCCUGGGUGGCCACGAGCAUCGGGCUAGAGUGGAACCCUCCACUCUCCCCUGAACCUUCACGGCUCGAUGAUCAGUUCCUGGGCACGGGGCUCCGCCCGCGGGCACGCCCCGCCCCCAUUCCUUUCUUCCCAGAAGUGCACGAGGAGCUGACAAGAUUGUGGGAGGCACCUUUUACUGCCCGGUCCCAGUCUUUCAGCUCCCCCGCUCUCGCUACCCUUGAUGGCAGAGCGGCCAGGGGGUAUUCAGUCACGUGGCGUGGGCACCCGAGACUCCCGUCCAGGGCCUGUAGGUUUAUGUCGUCCCUGACGGCUAGAGCCUAUGGUGCCGCUGGACAAGCCGUCUCUGCCCUGCACGCCAUGGCUCUCCUGCAAGUACACCAAGCCAAGGCACUAAAAGAACUGCACGAGGGUAGUUCUGACCCGGGAUUAAUGCAAGAACUGCGCUCGGCGACCGACCUCGCUCUCCAGGCAACGAAGGUCACGGCACGGUCUCUCAGGCAGGCGAUGUCCACCCUGGUGGUCCAGGAGCACCACCUUUGGCUCAACCUGGUCGAGAUGGGAGAGGUGGACAAGGCACGGUUCCUUGACGCCCCCAUUUCCCAGGUUGGCCUGUUUGGCAACACCGUCGAGGACUUUGCCCAGCAGUUCUCGGCGGUGAAGAAGCAGACAGAGGUUUUACAACAUAUCCUGCCCUGGCGCGGCUUAAGACCCCGCACCCUGUCUGCUCGUCACCAAGGGCAUCUUCCUCCAGCAACAAUACCAGCUCCGCCACAGCCCGUCCCCAUGGCAGGAAGCAGAUGCUACCCGUCUCGCGGCCGGCCAGUGGAGGGCCGGGAGGAGAAUAUUUUGUCGCCGCAGCCUCCUGGGCAUGCGGCACCCAAAAGUCUGACAAAAGAAUGGUUCCCUUGUCUCCUGGGUCACAAACAAGCCCACACGGGAUUGGUUCCAGUGGACUACGGGGAUGAGAUUCCUCCUCCCCCCUCCUCGGCCAAUCUUAUGGUGGGUGGCAGGAGCCAGGUAAGUGCUUCAAUGUCCCUGGACUCAGCACGGCCAUGGGGCUCGAGUCCCCUCGACGUGGCACCUCGAGCUCCUCUCCGCCGCGAGGCCCCACCCGCCGGUACGUCCAACGUGAUCAUUCCCUUGGUCCCCCUCGCCCGGAGUUUGGGCACAUGUCUCGCGCUUUCCAACCCGUCGCGAUGGCUGACCCGGACCGUCACAUACUCGGCCUAUGUGAUUCAGUUCACCAGGUGCCCGCCCAGGUUCAGCGGCAUCCGCUUCACCAUGGUGAAAGGCGAGAACGCCACUACCUUGCAUGCGGAGAUUGCUACCCUUCUGCGCAAGGGUGUGAUAGAGCCUGUCCCUCCAGCUGAGAUGAAGAAAGGGUUCUACAGCCCUUACUUCAUUGUACCGAAGAAAGGCGGUGGGUUGCGACCAAUCCUGGACCUGCGAGUACUGAACCGGGCUUUGCACAGACUCCCGUUCAAGAUGCUGACACAAAAACGCAUUCUAGCGAGCGUCCGGCAUCAAGAUUGGUUCGCGGCGGUAGACCUGAAGGACGCACACUUUCAUGCCUCGGUCUUACCUCGACGCAGACCAUUCCUGCGGUUUGCCUUCGAAGGCCAGGCAUACCAGUACAAGGUCCUCCCCUUCGGCCUGUCUCUCUCCCCUUGCAUCUUCACGAAGGUCGCAGAGGCUGCCCUUGCCCUGCUAAGGGAAAUGGGCAUCUGCAUCCUCAACUAUCUUGAUGACUGGCUAAUCCUAACACAUUUUCGAGAGUUGCUUCAAAACCUGUUUGCUUUGGGGAUGCUCUCUUGA